CCUAGUCUCUUACAUUCGACUGGGAGGAAGUCAUAUCUCACCCAGCGCUCGUCUUCUAUCAGGGAGAGCCGCAUUAGCAGCAAGGAGUAAACAAGAUGGGCUGUAGUUCCGUGCGUAGGUUCCACGUUCAACGUUCAGUUGCUGUGCAGAUAUCACCGGGACCAUCGCUGUCCGCUCUCCCAUCUCGAGAGAACGACAUACAGCCACUUGUGUUAUUCUCUCUAGAAAGGUCAUCGAACUCGUGGUGGGCCAAGUGAAAUUGACGCGGAGACGCGCACAAUACCUCCAGCUAGUAAGUCGCAAGCCAGUAGCC